AUGGCCACAGCAAUGUUCGACCUGAAUAUGGGCAUCAAUAGAGAGCCCCCACAGGUGCCAAGUACAGAUAACGUCGAUUAUCCCCGAGCUGCAUCUUGGGCAAAUGCUAAUUUACACGAGGUUCUAAAAGAUGAAAAAGGGCGGCAGCUACUACUAGUCUUUUUACAUAGUUCGUUAGCUGAAGAAAACCUGUAUUUUGUUGAAUCAGUUAAACAAGUUAUGGACGAAAAAGAUCCGCUGAAAAAGAAAGAUUAUUUUGAAGAAUUUUAUCAAAAAUAUUCACCGUGUGUUAAUAUAAGUAGCGCAGCAACACAAGCAAUACGUGAAGGUGCGCAACAGCCUGAUCCUGAUAUGCAAGCCGCAUUUGGAUUGGCCUAUAGAGAAGUUAAUGGUCUACUAGAGCGUGAUCAGUUUCCACGUUUUAAACGAUCGGAGGUUUAUUUAAGUUAUCUUGAAAAGCUCCUGCCACGAGCAUACGCCGAAAAAUGGGCAAACAGUUUUGAAGCUCUUCUUGGUAAUCAGAUUGGUCGAUAUUAUUUUCGUAAAUACUUGAAAAGUAUCAGAGCUGAAGAAAAUUUACGAUUUUGGGAAGCGGUAAUCGAAUUUCGUCAAACAAAAAACAACAGCAGUGCAAUGCUAAGUAUGGCAAAAAAUAUACAACGACAAUAUUUGGUGGAAGGAACAUCUCAUGAGGUAUUCUUGGCAUUUGGUAUACGACAACUUAUCGAAAAACGCAUCAAAGAUGACGAUAUUGAUGCUAGUUUAUUUGACGAUGCAAUUAAACAUGUUGAAAAAGUGCUCAAAACAGAGCCCUAUCACCGUUUCAUAAAUUCAGAGGAAUACAAAAAUUUGCUUCAUAAACUGAAGUGA